AAAUAGCAAAGCUGCUAAAUUAUACACUCAUAUGCAUUUUAUAAAUUAUACACAUACAUACCUGAAAUAAGUGCAACUCACCCGAAGGCAAUCAAUCGAGAAUCGGACACUACUAUCUUACUAUCUACAAUAGAACUAAUUUCUACUGUUCUAACGAGUUGAAAUCCAUGACUACUAGCAUUUUUCCGACAAACAUUGUUCGCGAAACAUAGUACGGAGUUGUGAAAUUAACCUAGUAAAGGCAUAUAGAAGUUUCUUGAAAUUCAUAAGCCAACAUACAUAUGUAAAUAGUUUGCUAAUCAAUCUAUAUUGUCAGUACAAACUAGUAUACCCAUAUUCAUUUAUAUUGUUAAGUUCGGAAUAGACGCCUAAAUUUUUAGUGGUUGGUAACAGAUGCAAGAAACUUUAUAAAUAGCAAAACGAUCUCUGCCUUUGGUAUUGCAUUAACUAAAACAAAAUAUAAUAUAAAAAACGGGAAAGCAAAUAAUUGAUGUCAACGUCAUUCUUGUGUAAAGAUUUGCUUAAAGGAGAUUAGAAAAAUGACCUUGGCUACGGCGAGUUUGGAACAGCCGCAGUCAAAUUGCGACGGCAAUUACAUAUUAGAUCAAAACACUAUGGACGUAGAGGAACGUAAAUCCUCGAACUUCUGGCUGUUUAGAGUAUUAUUUAAUUGGACUUCUAGUUCUUCCAUAAUGUUACGGGCUGUGGAAAAAAAGAUUUUAUCCUUUCUUAAAACGCCGUAUCGUGGUUUCUUCGUAGAUAUUGGACCCGCCAUAGGUGAAGCUGACAAAAUAUGGACAAUCAGCUUAAACACGGAAUCUAAAGAGGUACCUUUGGUUUUGCUACAUGGACUAGGUGCAGGUGUUGCUAUGUGGGUAAUGAAUUUAGAUUCCAUUGCCAAAGAUCGCCCUGUAUACGCUAUGGAUGUAUUGGGUUUUGGUCGCAGUUCACGACCCGGUUUUUCUAAUGAUGCACUUAUUUGUGAAAAACAGUUUGUCAAGUCAGUAGAAGAGUGGAGACGUGAAAUGAAUAUUAAUAGAAUGGUAUUAUUAGGCCAUUCAAUGGGAGGUUUCAUCGCUUCUAGUUAUGCAUUGUCAUAUCCCGAGAGAGUUCAUCAUCUUAUAUUAGCAGAUCCAUGGGGAUUUGCAGAAAAGCCUUCAGAUGUAAAUAACAACCGUCAAAUUCCGUUAUGGGUGCGUGCUAUAGCAUAUGCUCUAACACCUCUGAAUCCUCUAUGGGCGUUACGUGCUGCUGGACCCCUUGGCCAAUGGGUUGUGGAAAAAACUCGGCCAGAUAUUACGCGCAAGUUUGCAGCCGCAGUGGAAGAAGACAAUAACCUAUUACCACAAUAUAUUCACCAAUGUAACGCACAAACACCUUCAGGUGAAUCGGCUUUCCACAGUAUGAUGUCUUCGUUUGGAUGGGCGAAAUAUCCGAUGAUACAUAGAGUUAAAAAUGUCCGGGCGGACAUUCCUAUAACAUUUAUUUAUGGCUCGCGUUCAUGGAUUGAUUCGUCUUCAGGAGAAAAAAUAAAAGCGCAACGGGUCGAUUCAAAAGUGGAUAUUAAAAUUGUAACCGGUGCGGGACAUCACGUAUAUGCGGACAAACCGGAAGUUUUUAAUCGUUACGUUAAUGAAACCUGUGAACUAUAUAAAUCGUAUCAAAAUGAAGCGGCUAUACGGGACGGAACAGAAUCAGAUGAUGAACUGAGCAAUAAAGCAUUGCAAGCUGAAGCACAAAAAUUACAACAGUCCGAGCUGCAAAAAGAAGAAAAUAUAGAAACAAAUAAAAUCUUGUCUGAAGAUCCACAAACAGAUAACGUUGCCUCAAACCUUAAAGAACAAUAAGGUGUAUUGAUGGAGAAUUAUCACACACUUACUACCUGCAAUCAGUUUUAAUUUUUUAGUCGAUAUGUUUUAGUCAAUAUAUAACACAUAGUAUUAGCCAAAAUAUUGAAAUUAAAAUAUUAAAUGUGCUCAUCCCAAAACUGUUAA